AGGAGUGCAAUCAUGAUGUGCCGUCUAUAAGGGCCAUAAGCCUCAAACUUUUUUUAUUAACGUAUGCUGCACGUCGAGUCUUAGUAGUGUACCUACAUUCACAGUUUUACAAAGGACCAGCUUCUAUAACAUCAGCUAAUUCGUUGCUCUUCCACUUUUUUUGCAAUGAAUAACUUAAAUUUGAAUGGUUCCCAAAUAUCCAAAGGAGAUUUGUUUCAAAUGCUGAUGCGGGUGUCAAUAGCUUCUGUGAUUACGUAUUACUCUGUGAAAUGGAUGAUGGAUCAAAUCGACCCUACCAGCAAAAAUAAGAAAAAAGCCAAGAUUCGUGCUGAAGAACAGCUUAAAAGGCUAUGUGAAGAUGGAAAUUUCAAAAUAAACUCACAAAAAUUUAAUGAUUACGAGUUAAUGAUUGCUUCUCAUAUUGUGGUCCCUAAUGACAUUCCGGUCUGUUGGAAUGAUAUAGCUGGAUUAGAAGCUGUGAUACAGGAGCUGCGUGAUUCUGUCGUUCUACCAAUUCGCCACAAGCAUAUAUUUAGUCAAUCAAAACUUUGGCAAGCGCCAAAGGGCGUUCUGUUGCAUGGACCCCCUGGAUGUGGUAAAACAUUAAUUGCGAAGGCAACUGCUAAAGAAGCAGGAAUGCGUUUUAUAAACCUGGAUGUAGCGAUUCUUACUGAUAAAUGGUACGGAGAAUCCCAAAAAUUAGCGUCCGCAGUGUUUUCCCUUGCUUUAAAAAUUCAGCCGUGUAUAAUAUUUAUUGACGAAAUCGAUUCAUUUCUAAGAAGUCGUAGUUCAAACGAUCAUGAAGCCACAGCAAUGAUGAAAACGCAAUUCAUGAUGCUAUGGGAUGGGCUAAAUACAAACAGUGAUGCUACCGUUAUUGUUAUGGGCGCUACAAACAGACCACAAGAUCUUGACAAAGCUAUUGUACGAAGGAUGCCGGCACAAUUUCAUAUAAGUCUACCCAAUGUAGAACAAAGAUUAAAAAUUUUAAAACUAAUUAUGGAAAAUGAAGCCGUUCAUGAAAGUGUAGAUUUUAAUCGAUUGGCAAAAAUAACUACCGGUUUCUCAGGCUCAGAUUUGAGGGAAAUGUGCCGUAAUGCAUCUGUAUCCAGAAUGCGGCAAUUUAUGGUGACAAAUACAGAUAUGGCUAAGGAAGUUUUAAAUACAGAAUUUAACGCUAGAAGUCCGAUUGCUGUAACAAUGGAUGAUUUAGUCAGGUCUUUCGAUAAAAUUCAAGAGUCUAAAGUACACACGGGCCAAGUACUCAUAGAAAGCAGAAUAGAUUUGGAUUAAAAUUGUUACAGAAUAAUAUUGUUAUUUGGCUAUUAAUUUUAAAUCAUGCUAAAAAUUAACACAUUUUAUUGUAAGCAAAUGAAUUAUGUAAGGCUUUAUGCAAUAAAUAAUUAUGUUCUUACAAGUUA